AAGAAAAAAACAUUCAACAUUUAAAACAUCAACAAACCCAAACAUCAAUCCACACACAAAACAAGACUUGAUACAUUAUCAGUUUGUAUCAAGAAUCAAGAUCAAGAAUCAAGAUCAAGAACCAAGAAUUAAGAACCAAGAAUCAAGAAACAAGAAUCAAGAACCAAGAAUGGAGGAUUCAGGGCGUAAAGGAGAUCCAUUUCCAGGUUUUGAGAUGAGAGUUCACAACGACGAUUGCGUUUUCCGGCGAUCUCUUAGCUGCCGGCUUCAGAGAAGAGCUCCUUGUCCUCUUCUCUUACCACCAAGACCUCCUCCUUCUGCGGAGGCUCCUUCUACUACGACCAACGUUUCUGCGUCUACGUUUUGUCAAAACGGCACAGAUCCGAUCCCUCUCUUGUCUCCUCUCGUUCUUCCUUCAAUGCUUCAACCUAAUCCAACCACCACCUCUCACUAAUUCUUUUUUCUCUUUCCAUUUUUUAGGUUCCUUCUUCUUUCUUCUGUAAUGACUAUUUUGGAACUUUUUUUAAUUGAAAUUUUCAACAUAUUAACGUAGAUUCAAAUCUGUUAUUGUCUCUAUACAAAUUUCACAAAGAUCGUCUUCUCUCAAUAUUAGACUGAAGAUUUUAUUUUGUUAACACAUCAUUUAUAUUUUGUACAAAA